AUGGCCAUGCUAGGAUUUCCACCACCAUCGGCCUCCACCGAGUGGGCGUGAAGCGGCGGCGGCGGCAGCGGCUACAUGAGCGCUGGGGUGGCGGCGGCCGGGCAGCGGCCCCCCAGCUCGGGGAUCCCGGGCUCUCGGGGCGCGUGGCGCCCGCGCCCCCGCCCGCCCACGGUCCUCCAGCCCCCGGGACAGCACGGCGCGCAGGCUGGGCACAGCGACGCGCAGAAGCGGGUCCUGGACCUGGAGAAGAGCCUGCAGUUCCUGCAGCAGCAGCACUCCGAGACGCUGGUCAAGCUCCAUGAGGAGAUCGAGUACCUCAAGCGGGAGAACAAGGAUCUCCAUUACAAGCUAAUAAUGAAUCAGAAGCCAAAGAAAGGCAGCAUUUCCAAUUCCAGCUUUCAGUCCAUCAAGUCCGUCUCAAAUUCGAUGUCAGCCAGCUCUCAAGGCAAGGCCAGGACCCAGCUUAGCUUCUCCAAGAAGCAAGACUCGAAAGCUGACGUUCCCCAGAAGACGGACCUGGAAGAGGAGAGCCCAGUUGCUGCCGUGUUUCACAAUAGCAAGCUGGACAAAGCCCCAGGGACGCAGGGGCCGGCCAAAGAUGAAGAAGGGGAGGCCUCCAGGGCAGUGGCCGCCUUGGCGGCAGGCAGCCAGCACAAGGGCAAGCAGCCCCCCGCGAUGAGCCUGCCCCCCUACCUGCGCAAGCCCACCACGCUUCAGCAGUGUGAGGUGGUCAUCCGCCAGCUGUGGAAUGCCAACCUCCUGCAAGCCCAAAAGUUGCAGCACCUCAAGGCCCUCCUGGAAAGGAAUCAGAGGUCCAAGGCUGCCCCCGAGGAGGCUGAGCCCAGCUCUCCCAAGGACCAGGAGGCCCUUCACCCGGGAGCCACGCAGCUCCCCAAGGUCCCCACCAAGGGCGUCCCCAAGAAAUGCCUGAUUCUGAGCCCGAUGCCCGUGGCGGAGCGCUCCAUCCUGCCGGCGCUGAAGCAGACCCUGAAGAGUAACUUCGCCGAGCGGCAGAAAAGGCUGCAGGUGGUGCAGAGCCGGCGGCUGCACCGCUCUGUGCUCUGA